UGACUCGGUUAAGGUGAAGAAGUGAAGCAGCAGGAGCAAAUCCAGUUUGCAGAUGACAUGCAGGAAUUCACCAAGUUCCCGACCAAGACCGGCCGUCGCUCCCUGUCCCGCUCCAUCUCACAGUCUUCCACCGACAGCUACAGCUCUGCUGCCUCCUACACGGACAGCUCUGAUGACGAGGUGUCCCCCCGUGAGAAGCAGCAAACCAACUCCAAGGGCAGCAGCAAUUUCUGCGUGAAGAACAUCAAGCAGGCAGAGUUUGGGCGCCGGGAGAUCGAGAUCGCUGAGCAAGACAUGUCUGCUCUGAUUUCACUCAGGAAACGAGCUCAAGGGGAGAAGCCUUUGGCUGGAGCUAAAAUCGUGGGCUGUACACACAUUACAGCACAGACUGCGGUGCUGAUCGAGACGCUGUGCGCGCUCGGGGCGCAGUGCCGCUGGUCUGCCUGCAACAUCUAUUCCACCCAAAACGAAGUGGCAGCUGCCUUGGCAGAGGCUGGUGUUGCCGUGUUUGCCUGGAAGGGGGAAUCGGAGGACGACUUCUGGUGGUGCAUCGACCGCUGCGUUAAUGUGGAUGGCUGGCAGGCCAACAUGAUUCUGGAUGACGGGGGGGACCUGACACAUUGGGUUUAUAAGAAAUACCCCAACGUAUUCAAGAAGAUCCGAGGAAUCGUGGAGGAAAGCGUGACCGGUGUGCACAGGCUGUACCAGCUCUCCAAGGCCGGCAAGCUGUGUGUCCCAGCCAUGAACGUGAACGACUCCGUCACCAAACAGAAAUUUGACAACCUCUAUUGCUGCCGGGAGUCCAUCCUGGACGGCCUGAAGAGGACCACGGAUGUGAUGUUUGGAGGGAAGCAAGUGGUGGUUUGUGGUUAUGGGGAGGUUGGCAAGGGCUGCUGUGCCGCUCUGAAAGCCCUGGGAGCGAUAGUCUACGUCACGGAGAUUGACCCCAUCUGCGCUCUCCAAGCCUGCAUGGAUGGAUUCCGGGUGGUGAAGCUGAGCGAAGUUAUCCGCCAGGUGGACGUGGUCAUCACCUGCACAGGAAACAAGAACGUCGUGACCAGAGAACACCUGGAUCGGAUGAAAAACAGCUGUAUCGUGUGUAACAUGGGCCACUCCAACACCGAAAUCGAUGUGACCAGCCUCCGGACCCCGGAGCUGACCUGGGAGCGCGUCCGCUCGCAAGUGGACCAUGUCAUCUGGCCGGACGGGAAGAGGGUGGUGCUGCUGGCUGAGGGACGUCUUCUCAACCUGAGCUGCUCCACGGUUCCCACUUUUGUCCUCUCCAUCACGGCCACCACUCAGGCUCUGGCUCUGAUCGAGCUCUACAACGCUCCCGAGGGCCGCUACAAACAGGACGUCUACUUGCUGCCCAAGAAGAUGGACGAGUACGUGGCCAGCUUGCACCUGCCUUCCUUCGACGCCCACCUCACGGAGCUGACGGACGAUCAAGCGAAAUACCUGGGACUCAACAAAAACGGGCCUUUCAAACCCAACUAUUACAGAUACUGACGGACCAUGUCCAUGAAGGACCAGACCACACAAGGCAAAUUUUAGAGAGAUUAUUUUUAAAGAUCCUUUUACUU